AAAUUACUCUUUACCAAAUUUUCAUAUUAAGGUCUAUAGGACGCGCCUCGGAAGCUGCCCUCGUUUCGUAUAAGCACUGACCCGUUCAUGGGCGGCUUGCUUCUUCGGAAUUCAACAGGCUUAAAGCGAAGCUUUGUUUUGGAUCUUUUUUUAAUACCUGACCGACUGAGUGUCGGCGUAUGCGCCGCACGCACAUACUCUAACGGAACAACAGCCAGUGCACGACAGCAGCGAAAAGCAGUGCGUAACACGAAACCUAGCGGCGUCGACAACAGCCGAAAGGGAAGCAACCGCAGCACCAGUAACAUCAGGAAGGGCAGCAUGAAGCUCACGAUCGCCAUCGAGGGUUGUUGCCACGGCGAGCUUGACAAGAUUUACGCCACGCUGCAGCUACUGGAGCAACGGGAGGGGAAGAAGAUCGACCUGCUCAUUUGCUGCGGCGACUUCCAGGCCGUACGGAAUCUUGACGACCUUGAAACCAUGGCCUGCCCCCCCAAGUACCGCUCCAUGCAGUCCUUCUACAAGUACUACUCGGGGGAGAGGGUGGCGCCCGUCCCCACCAUUUUCAGUCAGGUUUGGGGGACUGCGGAUCGCGGGUUUGAGCGGCAUCUA